UAUUCUAAAAAGAAUUGGACCGUUUAACCAACGCUCUGCAUCUUUUAAAUUUCAGUUGCUCGUUUUGUUUCUCAAAACACAGCAACCGAGAAAAUGAAGCCGCCAAAAUCCAUCUCUUCCUUUAGACUUGCUUCUCUUCUUCGUCUCCAAAAGGACCCUAAACUCGCUCUCCACCUCUUCCGAAACCCUAACCCAAACCCAAAUUCUUUAACACCUUCAAAACCAUUUCGCUACUCUCUUCUCUCCUACGACCUCAUCAUUACCAAACUUGGACGUGCAAAAAUGUUCCAUGAAAUGGAGGAAAUCCUCCUCCAACUCAAAGCCGAAACACAUUUUGUACUUAAAGAAUCUUUCUUUUGCAAUAUUAUUGGCUUCUAUGGCCGGGCUCGUCUUCCUGAUAAUGCGCUCAAGGUGUUUGACGAAAUGCCUUUAUUUCGUUGCCAAAGAACUAUAAAAUCGUUUAACUCGUUACUAAAUGUGUUCAUAAAAUGUAAAGAUUUCGAUAGAAUAAGAAAUCUGUUUGUAGAUAUUGAGAAACAUGUUAAACUAGACGCUUGCACUUUUAAUAUAUUGAUUCGCGGGCUUUGUGCAGAUGGGAGGUUAGAUGAUGCAUGGGAGGUGUUUGACGAAAUGAAAAAUAGAGACCUUGCUCCUAAUGUGGUGACAUUUGGAACUCUGAUAUAUGGGCUUUGUUUGGAUUUUAAGUUGAAAAAGGCUUUCAAGUUGAAGAAUUAUAUGGUUAAGGUCUAUGGUGUGUCUGCUAAUGCAUACGUCUAUGCAUCAUUAAUGAAGGGACUUUGUAGGAUUGGUGAGCUUAGUUUAGCUUUUAGGCUUAAGGAUGAGAUGGUUAGGGAUGGAGUCAAAUUAGAUUCUGCCAUCUAUUCCACUUUGAUCGAUGGGCUCCUCAAGAUUGGAAGGAAAGAAGAAGUUCCUGGUGUUUUGGAGGAAAUGAAUUCCAAUGGUUGCAAGCCUGAUACUGUGACUUACAAUGUAAUGAUUAAUGGGUAUUGCAAGGAUAAGGAUUUUGAAUCAGCUUAUAAAAUUUUGGAUGAAAUGAUCGAGAAGGGUUGUAAACCAGAUGUAAUUAGUUAUAAUGUGAUACUUGGUGAGUUAUGUAAGGAUGGGAAAUGGAGUGAAGCAAAUGAUUUGUUUGAAGAUAUGCCAAGACGUGGCUGUGCUCCUGAUGUUGUGUCAUAUAGGAUCCUUUUUGGUGUACUUUGUGAUGGGAUGCAGUUCAAGGAAGCAGCAUUUGUUUUGGAUGAGAUGAUUUUCAAGGGUUUUGCACCUCAUUCUUCUAGUAUACAUAGAUUUGUUAAUAGGUUAUGUCAGGAAAGGAAUGAGGAUUUGUUAUGGUCUGUUUUGAAUAGUCUGGGGAAUACAAAUGUAAUCGAUGCAGAUUUGUGGAAUAUUGCCAUUGCUGUGGUAUGCAAGGGCAAUAAGCUUUCUAGCACCUCCAAUGUUGUCGAUAGUUUGAUACUUUCAUGAAUGAAAAUUAUGCCAAUCAGAUUAAUUUUUGUUCUGUCAGCAGUUUCUAGCUACAUUGCAUGCACAUAUUUGCUUUUUCCUCUCCUUACUAUCAAUAUGCUUGCUUAACUUGUUGUCUAGAUACUGUUCUUCACAUUGGAAAAGAAAAGUGGAUGGUGCAUUCCUUACUGAAGAUAUUGUUAUUGCUUGAAUGGGAUGGAAACUGCUGUGAGGUCUUAUUAUACCAGACAGUUGCCGAGUUUGGUUAAUAGAAGGACUGAUGGGCUUUCCAUGGAUGAUAUCAGAUGAUUAAUCUUUCUAUUUCCUUUUCAAGCUCACGACAUUUCUCUCUAUUGUAAGAAGCUUUACGAUUUCUUAUCUGCCUAUUUCGGGAAUUUCUUGCUGAAGAUCUUCAGUUGUCCUAUGUAUGGUUAUAAAUAUGAAGCCCAACAUUCCAUGUUAGGACUUGGGAGAAACAUACCCUGCUAAAAUUGUUCCGACCACUCGCCUUGUAUUCUUUGCCUUUAUCGAACUGACAAAGUUGCAAUGAAGACAUCAUGUCUUGAUUUCUUGAGAGUCCAGAUUUUCUUUUCCUGCAAUGUUUCUCCUAAAGAGGUUUGACACAUUUUUUCCCAUGACAUUCCUCUUCUUUAAAGUGUAAUCUGCCAACAUUUUUUUUCUUUUUUUAUUUGCCAAUCAUGCUCAUUGAGCAGUGAUAUUUUGGUGUCUUUUUCAGAAUUGUCAAUAAAAAGUCAUGUACAAGAAUGCUGAUCGCAUUUUAGUCCAAAGUCCAAAU